ACCAUGAUAACCCCAUUAAACCCCAAAUAACUCAGUUGCUCUUGUGCAACAUUUGCACAGCAGAGCUGAGAGAACAAAAUCAGUCUGAAAUCAUCUGCAAACACAAGACUUACCAUGGAGGAGCAAAUUCGUCCUCUUCUCUAUCUGCUGCUCUGCAUGAGCUGUGCUGUUCAAGGAAAUAGCAAUCAGAGAUUCCUCAUCACUGCUCCGAGUGUGUUUCAUGUUGGUGUGAAAGAACCUAUAGUGAUUCAGGUCGGGGAGGCACUGGUCGGCAAACCCGUGUCCUGUCAGUUAGAAACAGAGACGCGGGUUCCCAUGUCCGCAAAGGAAACCAAAACAAUACACCAAAAAGGAAAGUUUGAGACAGUGAAUCUUGAGAUAUUUGCAAAUACAGUUUCAAACCUGAAGUCAAUCAAUGGAGAGCCUCCUUAUCUAAAUCUGGCAUGUGAGGUUGAUGGUCAGAGACAGCAGACGCGUGUUCUGGUCUCCAAACACAAUGGCUACAUCUUUAUUCAGACGGACCAACCCAUAUACAACCCCACACAGAAAGUUCGAUUCAGAAUCUUCACUCUUGAUCACUCCAUGCGACCAAAAUUAGAGAUGUAUGUUUAUGUCUCUAUAUAUAAUGCUGAUGGGAACAAGGUCAAGAAGUCAAAGUACAGAGUGUUGGAUGGCAUCCUGUCAAAAGACUACAAAAUUCCUGAUGUUUCCAAACCUGGUGUAUGGAAGAUUACAGCACAUUAUGAAGAUGAUGUGGACAAUGCAGCGGUGCGCGAAUUUAAAGUCCAGAAGUUUGUUCUUCCCAGCUUUGGUGUUUCAGUUCACUCAGAGAAAGCCUUUCUGCAAGCAAAUGCUAAGACAUUAACAUUCACUAUUCAGGCCUCAUAUUCCUAUGGAAAGACCAUUGAUGGUGGUUUCCACUGUCGGUUUGGGAUAAAAAAAGGCAAGUCAGAGAAUGAUCCUGAAAUUGAGUUCAUCAAGGGGUUGGAAAAAACUGGAUCUGUGAAAGAAGGCCUUGCAAAGAUAACAGUCAACAUUUCAGACAUCACCCAAAAACUGGACACAGCAUUAGAAGAACUGGCAACAACUCAGACCCAAUUCUACAUUUCUGCCACAGUGACGGAUAUUUUAAGUGGUGAGGUACAGGAAUCUGAAACCUUCCUUCCUGUUGUUUUGAGUCGGUACAAUGUGGAUCUGUCUCGGACAAGACUGUUCUACACACCUGCAUUUCCUUUACAAGCAGUGGUCACAGUUCGUCACCCAAAUGGUUCUCCUGCUGAAGGCGUUCAAGUUAAAUUAGAUGUCUCGAACUCUAAAGAAAAGUCUACAAUUGUUACUACUAAUAAAGAAGGAAUCGCAUUUUACAGCUUCAACCUAGACGGAAAACCACCUUCAGUUUUAGUGCAGGCAACUGUGGAUAAUGCCAAGUCAAUAAGAGCUGUGCAUCCGAUGAAAUCCACAAGCUUCCUUUAUAUGAGUGUGACAAAUAAAGUCUUAUCAUCAGGACAGUUUCUGGAAGUCUCAUUUUACCCCAAAGGUAAUCCAGAAGAUGGGCAAAUAUAUUAUAUGAUUGUCAGCAGAGGUAUGUUGAGAUCAACAGGCUCUGUUGCAUCAGGUUCUGAAGUAAAAAAAUCCAUCCAAAUACACCCAAACAUGACCCCAUCCUUCAGAUUGAUUGCUUUUUACUAUAUCAAAGAGGGUGACAUCAUCGCUGAUUCUGUAUGGGUAGACGUAGAGGACACUUGUGAUGGAGAGUUUGAGGUAAAACUGCAUCAUAAUUAUGGCAAUCAUAAUUAUGAACCUGAAAGCACAGCUGAGCUUGACAUUGAUGUAGGACAACAGAAAAAUGCAAAAGUAGCCUUACAAGUUGUGGACAAAGCCAUUUACGCCUUGGGGGCUCAAAACAAACUCACCCAGAAACAGGUGUUUGCCUCUAUGAAGUCUUAUGAUCUGGGGUGUUCUUAUGGCGGUGGUGAGAAUACAGCAGCUGUUUUUAACGAUGCUGGCCUGGCCUUCAUCUCUCACUCCACCACGAUUCGUUCAGCGAUGAGAAAAGGUUUCAGCUGUGAGUCUGGUUUUAGACGCAACAAACGUGAGAUUGAUGUUCAAGCAGAAAUGGCAAGAAAAGAGGCUGCGUUUAAGAAAACAGAAUUACAGAAAUGCUGUCGCCAUGGAUUCACCCUGAUUCCUAUGAAGUUUACUUGCGACGAACGAGCAAAAAGAGUGAGCAAAACCGAAAGCAAAGACUGUGUGAAUGCCUUCAGAGAGUGCUGUGAGUUUGCAACAAAGCUGAGAGACAAAAAGAGGAGAGAAGACAUGAGGACAGGACAUGGCAGAACUAUUAAUUCUAAUGAAGUUGAGGAAUUUUUUGACUUUGAAAUACAAAACAUUCGUCAUUAUUUCCCUCCAAGCUUUGAGUUCAAACAGAUUGACGUGAAAGGAAAGGUUAGGCACAGAAUCCAUUUACCCCAUUCUAUCACAACAUGGGAGAUCCAGGCUCUCAGCUUAUCUCCAUCUCAUGGUUUCUGUGUGGCAGAGCCUGUUGACCUCACUGCAUUUAAGCCUGUGUUUAUUUCUCUGAGGCUUCCCUAUUCAGUCAAGCGCUAUGAGCAACUGUCUAUAGUUGCAGUGAUCUUUAAUUAUGGCAAAAUGGAAAUGGAGCUUGUUGUGCGCAUGCGACAAGUGGAUGGUCUUUGUUCACCCGGGUCAGCAACGUCAUCAUCUUCCGUCAGAUUCAGCCUGAAACCAGCAUCUUCUCAAACUGUUACUUUCCCUGCUGUCCCCAUGGUAAAAGGCGAAAUCCCUAUCACUAUUGCAAUCUAUGAUAUUGAAGAAAAAAUUGAAGUGGAUGCUAUUCAAAAGAUACUCUUGGUCAAGAACGAGGGAGUGGAAAUGAGAGAAGAGCUGACUUAUUUGAUUAAUCUAGAUGGCAGAAGUGAUCACCGCUUAUCCAUCAAUGGAUUUUUCCCUAACAACACUGUUCCUGAAACUGAUGUUAAUCUAUUUGUCAAACUAGAAGAGGAAAUAUUUGCCCAGUCCACUGCAGUUCCAUUACUUUCAUCAUCCAAAGUGGAAAAUCUGAUCCAAGCACCUAAAGGCUGUGGAGAACAGACUAUGAUCUUUAUGUCUCCCACUGCCUUGUCAAUCCGUUACCUGGAUAAAAGUCAGCGCUGGCUGGAACUAGAAGCAGGAUCCAGAGACAAAGCACUGGAUUUCAUUGAGCAAGCUUAUGAACGAAUUUUAACAUUUAAAAAGACGGAUGGAUCCUAUGGAGCUUGGAUACAGACUCCGACAAGCACCUGGUUGACUGCACUAGUAGUGAAAGUAUUGUCUCUUGUGGCUGAACGACAAAUAGAGACUCGUCAACAACAUGGAACAACAGAAAGGAUGAUUUCACAGGAGGACAUCCGUCAAGCAGUUACAUAUUUGAUUAAGACACAGAGAUCAGAUGGGUCCUUUACUGAUGCUCAUCCAGUCUAUCACAGAGAAAUGCAGGGAGGAAUUGGAGGAGUUGAGCAAGAUGCUUCUUUAACAGCUUUCAUCACAAUAGCUCUCUGUCGCUCUAUGCCUUUCUUGGACCAAGAAGCAACUGCUGUGAGCCAAAGCAUCGCUCGUGCCACCAACUUCCUGCUAAAACGGGUUGAUAAUCUUAAAAGGCCUUAUGCAUUAGCCAUUACAGCAUACUGUUUGUCUACCUGCCUCACUGAACGAACCCAAGCACUGUCAGCCUGGAAGAAACUCCAAAGUCUCGGAAAACCAGAGGGAGACUGUCUUGUGUGGCAAGAUGAUGAUGAUGUGCGACUGGUAAAUGAAGCGAAAUCUAACCGUGUGCCGCAUAGAGUGGCAUUAAAAGUAGAGACCACCGCAUAUGCUCUCCUGACUGCGCUGGCACAUAGCGACUUAAAAACAGCACAGUCUGCAGUCUGCUUCUUGUCUUCUCAAGAGAACUAUGAAGGAGGUUUCAAAUCAACACAGGACACUAUCGUAGCUUUGGAAGCUCUCUCAGAAUAUGCAUUGAGUUUACCAGAAACCCCCAUCACCACAAUCAAUGCACAGUUUACUGUUACCGGAAGGUCUGAGAUGGAGAAGAUGAAUUUGGAAAAGAGCGAAAAUAAAGUGGAAGCAGAGUUAAAAAGACUAGUGGGACAGGAAAUAAAUGUCAAUCUUUCUGGAAAAGGAAAAGCUAAAAUGAAGGUGGCAAAGGCUUAUUAUACUCUCAAGGAAGACGGCAACUGUGCUGAUUUGUCAAUAAAUGUGACUGUAGUAGGAAAAGUGGAAUACACAUCUGUAGUACAAGAAGAUUAUAAUUACUAUGAAGACUAUGGGCAGGCCGAAGAGACGAACGAGGAGGAAGAUCUCCCUCGGUCAGCCAUCGAGUGGUUUGAUGCUCGCAGCAGACAAAAAAGAGAGACUUCGAAAAACACGAAGGAGGAUGUGGUCUAUACAGUGUGUGUCAGUCACACACAGGGGAGGAAGCUCUCUGGAAUGGCCAUUGCUGAUAUUACUCUACUUAGUGGUUUUGAGGCAAUCAAUACAGAUCUGGAAAAGCUGAAAGGCCUGGUGGACAAAUAUAUUUCUCACUAUGAGGUCACACGUGGAAGAGUACUGUUGUAUUUCAAUGAGAUAGAUGGAGGUGAAGCCUGUAUUGCAUUUGGAGCUGAGCAAAGUGUGCCCAUUGGUUUAGUUCAACCUGCUCCUGCUUUGUUUUAUGAUUACUAUGAACCAGACAGGAGAUGUUCAGUGUUGUACAGCGCCCCCAAGAGGAGCAAGAUGGUUUCCGUCCUGUGCUCAGAUGACGUGUGUCAAUGUGCAGAAAGAGGUUGUUUCACAGAGAAGAAAACCAUUGAGAUGGAAAUCACCAAAACUGAUAGAUUUGAUUAUGCUUGUUACCAUUCCAACACCGACUAUGCAUUUGAAGUCACUGUGAAUUCAGUAACCGAAGAGAGCAAUUUUAUAUUAUAUUCAACAUCUGUGAACGUGGUUCUCCGAAAUACGGGAGACUUGAGUGUGAGUCCAGAGAACACACGAGUGUUUGCCAAGAGAAAGCACUGCAAGGGUGAGCUGAAACAGGGUGAGAGGUACCUUAUCAUGGGCAAUGAUGGCCCCACCAAAGACUCAAGUGGAAACAUGCAGUAUCUGCUGGAUUCUAAGACAUGGGUUGAACAGAAGCUGUCAAAAUCAGUAUGCCAAGCCUCAGUCAAGAGAAAGUACUGCAAAGAACUGAAUGACUUUUUGAAAGAGUACCAAGUUAAUGGAUGCAAUCUGUAGGCAGUACUGCAAUUUGUAAUAUCUCCCAUGUAAUGUAAUAUCUCAACAUCAUUACAGCAGAAAUCUACAUUUAUCCUGAAUUGUAAAGUUGCUUGCUGUGGAUUUCAAUAAGACAUACUGUCCUGUCUGUCACAAUUUUCUCAAAUAAAUGUGCUUAAUAAGAGUG